UACGAGCGGAAGUUUUGUUGUGGCUAGAAGAUGGAACACCGAAAUGACCGAAGCAAAAACGCAAGUUUAGCGACAAUGCAAGCCACAAAUGAUUUGUGUGUCUGUGAAGAUCGUGUUUUAUUUCAUCCUUAAAAAUAUACACUAUCCAUCUCCACACGAUGUCAAGACGUUGUAAAUCAAGAAAUAUUUUACAUGCUGUUGUGCAAUCCAAAGAAAAUGGACAUCGUUUCAAUGUGUUUAAGAUAAACCCGGCUUUCUUUGAGCUGCUUGACAAACGCCUCAAUCUUCAUGGAAUCCCGAAACGGCUAACGAAUCUUGAAAAGUGCUGUACGGUACAGAAUUUUGAUGUAGAGCGUUGUUCAGAAAUUAUAAAGGGUAUAGCACAAGUUUUGUUCGACAAAGCAGGCCCUGAAGAAACAAGUCAACUAAGAGAUAUAUGCACAAUUAUAAAUGACUUCUCUGGACCUGAGAUUUUAAUCAGAAUACUUUGUUAUGAAGAUGUGUAUGGUUUUGGUCACCUGAAGUCAAAACCAACUGAUGAAGUACUUCAAAAUCUAUAUUCAACUACUCUUGAUCUAUUGCACAAUGUGAACUGUUAUAACCCAAGUGUUGCAAGGAUUCUUGGAUUCAAUGAUCACUUGGUCAACCAGUUGUUUUCAUUUCUGAAACAAAAAGAAACAUAUGUAUAUGCAUCACAUCUGUUAGAUGACAUCCUUCGAACUCGAAGCAGCAUGCUUUCUCUACAGCAAGUCGAUAAUUUACCUCAACUUGUUUCCCAAAUGAAUGACCAUCAACUGGCAAAUUUCUGUCGUGUUUUAUACUUUGUCCUUACUGAUGCAACUGAGACAUGUGAAGACAGAAAUACAUUACUGAAUCAAGAUACAAAUAAGAGGCUCCAAGAACAAGCUGAUAUUGCUGACAACAACCAAAAGAUUUUACUUUCCAUCACAGAAUUUUUGCCUAGAGUCUGCACUCUAGCAAGUGAAUCAAUAGAUAAAUCUUCACCAUUUGUUCUUGGUGCAACACGUUUGCAGCAGUUGACAUCGUUUUUCAGUGGUGUAUUGGAAGAUAUUACUGAUAGAGAUGAUGGGGCCUCAAUUUUGCAUUCUCCAUAUUUUUCCUUAUCCCUCAAAUUUUUCCAAGAUAUAAUGUUGAAAGUCGAAGCGUUGUUUGUUUUAUGUGUUCUUCUCACAGGAACAUUUAAAACUUCAGUCCAAGAAAAACUUGCUUCUCUCCGUUUGAUCCCUAAACUUUGUAUAUUUUUUGAUGAGCUGAAUUGGACUGAUGAGAGAGAAAUAUCUGAAAGUGAAGAUUGUCAUUGUGCACAGGAAUCUGCUCUGAAGAUCCAGUUUCUUCGCUUACUCCAUAGUUUUUGUGAUCACCAUGACAAAAAAUAUCUGCUAUUGACUCCAGAAGAACAACAGGAAUUGAAAGGAAUUUAUGAACAAAAUAAACUUGAAGUUCCUGAAACAAUCAGAAACUGUGACAGAUUUCAGUGUUGUGAAGGGGAACAAGGGUUGCUGACAAAGACUUUGGAUGUAUUGAGGAAUGUACCACAGCACUCAUCUUUAAGAUUUUGGCUAUCUCGAGCUCUUGAAGGUUUCUUGCGAGGCAAAGCCUCGUAUGCAGAUCAAAUAUUCCUCAUCAAACGUGGCUUAUUGAAACUACUUGUUCAGCAUAUCUGUUCAAAAGAGAUGAAAACCAAGGAAGUUCUCCAGAGCAGUUUUGAUUUGCUAGGAGAAUUAAUGAAGUUUAAUUACAUUGCAUUCAAAGAGUUUAAUGAAGUAAUUACAGAGGUUGAGUUUGACAAAUUUAUUUUGGUAAUGACAAGCAAUGUUGUUGACUCAAAUAUGUUCAUGAGAUGUUUGAUUUUGUCCAAUGAACAUUUCGCAUCGCGUCAGGAGUUUUCUUCACGUUUGACAUAUCGCCUAAUAGCCAUGGUAUCAAACUGGAAGCAACGUGUCUACUUGCUCCAUAAGCUUAUUAUGUCCGUCUCUGUUGAGACAUUAACACAGGAGAAUGUCAGUUGUUUAAAUACUGCUCUGGUAUUUCUCAUGUUCGCCUUGGACAAAGGAUAUCUUCCGCUUUAUCUCAAAGCGUUUCGAAGUGAAGAAGCUGCUCUGAAAAAGCCUGGGUUUAUACUCGACAAUUUAAGAUCAUUACUAAAGUUUUGGAAAAGUCACUACUUAACCCGUGGAAAAGAUUGCUCAGCGCUUGAACAGAGUUCCUGCAUCAGCAUCCGUCAAUGGAGAGAUGCUGUGGAUAUUUUGCUACAAGAGGAUGUUAGCAAUCCAAAAGCAGUUGUUCAUUACAUUUCCGGCAAAGUUGAUCGAAACUCUUAGCUCAGGUUCAAAAUGAAUUCCAUCUUCGUUAAACAGUUGUGGGAUGUCGUUAUCUAUCAAAAGAUCACAACCACUCAAGUGAUUCUAAUGGUGAUCAUAUCAUGAACUGGUAGUGUUGACAAGCAAAGAUAUGUCAGGCAACGAUUUGGAGACUACUCAGUCUCAAUUUUUUUCAUUUUACUGCAUAAUCUUUGUGUACAUAAAACAAAAACUACGGUAAGUAAAUAUUUGUAGAUAAUGUUAAUGUAAAAAUAUUUGUUAAUAUAUUAUAAACAUUUGGAUCAGUAUU